CGCGCUUAGGGGUUCUCCCAUUCUCACCCGUAAAGUCCAUCCUCCGUCUUGGAACCUGCGGGUUUAUUCCGCAGUAUUUCUCCCCUACUCUGAAGAUAAUCGCCUUCUUCAAUUGUUAAACCGCUUCCCCUGCAGUGGUUCGUCCCGACUUGGUUCUGUGGCCACUGACCCGCAUUUCGAUACUCAGUCUACGUCUUCAUGUGCCACCCGUAAUUUCAUUGGCAAUCGCCCUCGAUUUUUGUUUCCUAUUUUCACUUCAUUAUUUCGCAAGAAUAUCGUCUCAAGGUCCAGGACCUUGACCUGCAGCCAUCAUGAGGCCAUCCUUACUGACGUAUUCGCUUCUGUCGUUAUUCUCUAUCCCCACUCUCGCUCUUGCUGCCGACAAGACUCUCGAAUCCAGAAAUGGUCGACUUGUGAAGAGAGCCGACGAUCCUGUCGACCCCGCUACUCUGUCUACUACCUUCAAUGGCAUUGAAGUACCUCCCAUGAAGGAGCUGACGCCUGAUAACUUCGAAGAAGCUAUUAAAGACGGCUACUGGUUCGUUAAGCAAUACUCUCCCGCUUGUCCGCAUUGUCAACAGAUUGCCCCAGCAUGGCAGACUCUCUACGAAUUCUACUAUACGUCGGAUCCUUUGUCCUCCUCCUCUUCGAAGCCAUCUGACACUAAGUCCCUGAACUCCUUCCACGGCUUCUACAAUUUCCAUUUCGCAUCGAUGAACUGCCAGGCCUAUGGCGACCUUUGCAAGAAGUUAGACGUCAAGUACUUUCCGACAUUCUCGCUCUAUAACAAUGGCGAACGGGUAGAGGAAUAUUCGGGAAAGAAAUCGAUGGAGGGCUUGAGCGAAUACGUUGAGGACAAGCUGGAAUCGAUCAAACCGGGAUCUCGACCUGCGAAGGGAGUUAAUCUACCGAAGCCAGGCGCCAAGGGCGUGGAUACGAAGGCUGAGCCGGAGACACCUGCUGCUAAAGACAAGGAUCCCGAGGCAGGCGCAAAGGCCGGUGAAAAGCACAACGAGCAAACAUCGGCAGAGGAUGCAUCUUCCAUGAAAACUACCGUAUCCAAGCCGAAGUCAAAGCCGAAAGGAGGUCCAGCGAAUCCCCAAGGGAUCUCUGUACCGCUCACAGCUGAGAGCUUCCAGAAGCUUGUCACGACCACUCAGGAUCCCUGGUUUGUCAAAUUCUAUGCCCCAUGGUGCCAUCACUGCCAAGCACUUGCCCCUAAUUGGCAGCAAAUGGCCAAAGAGAUGCAAAACGUCCUUAACAUCGGAGAAGUGAACUGCGACGAUGAGCCUAGACUUUGCAAGGACGCUCAUGUAUCGGCUUUCCCCACAAUGUAUUUCUUCCGGGGGGGUGAAAGGGUCGAGUACAACGGUCUUCGAGGCUUAGGCGAUCUAGUCAAUUACGCCAAAAAGGCAGUGGAUGUAGGCUUGGGUGUUCAGGAUGUUGACGCAACUUCCUUCAAGGAUCUGGAGGAGAAGGAAGAAGUCAUCUUCUUGUACUUCUAUGACCUCGCGACAACCUCGGAAGAUUUUGAAGCUCUGGAGCGCCUGACUCUCAGCUUGAUUGGUCAUGGACGACUUGUCAAAACAAACAGUGCAGCCCUAGCUGAACGAUUCAAGAUCUCCACGUGGCCCCGUCUUCUUGUUGUCCGAGAUGGACGAGCCAAUUACUAUACCCCAAUUGCACCCAAGGAUAUGCGAGACUUCCGACAGAUCCUAGAAUGGAUGCGCACUGUGUGGCUACCCAUUGUCCCAGAAUUAACCGCCUCCAAUGCGCAGGAAAUCAUGGAUGGCAGGUACGUGGUUCUCGGAAUCCUGAGCCGGGGACGCUCGGACGAAUUCUUGCAGUCAAAGCGGGAGCUGAAGAGUGCAGCUCUCGAAUGGAUGGAUAAGCAGGUUCAGCUGUUCCAACUGGAGCGGGCAGAACUUCGGGACUCCAAACAGCUUCGGAUUGAGGAGGCUGAAGAUCGUAACGACCAGCGCGCGCUGCGGGCUGCUAAAAACAUGCGCAUUACCAUUCGUGAAGACGACAAGAAACAAGUCGGGUUCGCUUGGGUUGACGGCGACUUCUGGGAACGGUGGUUGAGAAAUACCUAUGGCAUUGAUGUGGCCAAUGGGGAGCGAGUGAUCAUCAACGAUCAUGAUAACCGCCGGUACUGGGAUUCAUCUUCUAGCGGGGCCCCUAUUCUGGCCUCUCGCACCUCGAUUCUCGAAACCAUUCCUCUUGUGAUCGCUAAUUCUCCUAAGUUGACACCGAAGUCCACGGUUGGUACUUUUGAGUCUAUCUUUUUCUUCGCCCGGUCCUUCAUUGUCAGCCACCCCAUUCUCUUCGUCCUCAUCCUGGUCGUCUCUGUUCUUGGGGCAACUUUCUUGGCUCGAGCAAGAGGCCGACGUGCUGGCCGCGGUGGCAUCCUUGGUGUUACUGGCGGCAGCAACGGUUUCUUCCACCUCGACGGGAAGGAAGGUCUAUUGAACGGUGGUUCCACUGGGAAGGUCGACUAGGUUGGUCGGAAGACGCUGGAUUAUUAUUUGUACAGUUAUUAUAUUCUCCUUUGGCUUUUCUUACCGUCCCCUUUACUUUCGCGUUUAUUUCACCUGGGUUUUUAUUGGAUUUGUAAUGUUUCUAAAUGUGUGCUAUAUCUUGAUAUCGAUGAUGCCCUUCAUAUAUCUCAUUCCAUUUCUCGCAUACAUCUCCUGGUUCGAGUGGCGUUAGGGCGAGUUGUCCGGUAGGCAAGCUCCUCUAAUUUCUUUUACGAGUACUACUCUACAGAUCGCAUUAACCAAGCACUUUUCACGUUUCCCCAUAGACAGACAGACGAUGGUUAGCGUAGGAUGAGUGGCCGGCCGGGCUGUAAGUAAUAAUGACGUUGUCGUAUUAUUUAGGUGCUAGCAAGCAUAGU